AUGGGGCGCCCGGUGCUGCUCGCCGCUGCCGCCGCGCUGCUGCUGCUGCUGCUGCUGCCCGGGGCCGCCGCUGCCGUCACCCGCCUCCGGGUCUCCGCCAAUUUCGUGAGCACCGGGGAGGGCUCUGUGUUAUCGCCGGGGCAGGGCUGCGAGCGUGGGGCUCCCCCCACCCGCGGCUACCGGGUCGCGGGAGGGGGGCGUGUGUGUGUGUGUGUGGCUCCCGGGGCUUCCCCCCUCCCAAAGACUCCUAGGCCCCGAGGCUCCCUCUGUGUAGAGCUUCCCGCCCCUCCCGAAAACUCCCGGUACCCGGGGCUCCCCCUUCCCGGGGACUCCCGGUGCGUGGGGCUCCCUCCUCCCGGUUUAGGGAAUCACGGUGCGUGGGCCCCCCCGAAGACUCCCGGUGCGUGGGGCUUCCCCCCUCCCGAGGACUCUCGAUGUGUAGCGCUCCACACCCCCCCCACACCCCCCCCACCCCGCUUGGGUCUCCCCUUUCCCGGGGCUUCCCCCCUCCCGAGGUCCUCCCGGUGCGUAGACCUUCCCUCCCCGCCUGGGACUCUCCCCGGGGCUCCCGGUGCAGGGGGCUCCCGGUAUGCGGGACCCCCCCCGUCGCACGGCCGCUCGUCUCCUCUCCCCCCGCCAGCCGACAGCACGCUGAGCCGCCCCCGCUGCCGCCGCCCGGCCCGGGCCGGGCCCCCGCUGAAGCCGCCGGCGCUGGCGCUGGGCAGGGCCCGCCUGUGCCUGCCCGGCCAGCCCUGCCAGCCCUGCCUGCGGGUGCGCCUGGCCCUCCCCGCCGCAGAGCUCGACGGUGUGCGCGGGUUGCAGCUCAACUUCCUGGAGCUGGGCUCCAACCGGGCGGGCUGGCUGCAGGUGUGGCAGCGGCACCGGGUGCCGGGAAGCUCGCCGUGGCGGGUGAAGUUCGACUGCUUCCCGGUGGAGAGCGGUCAGCAGGUCCUCGUCUCCCUCCGCACCAUCCCUGACCGAGGUUUGGCCCUCAGCCGCAGCCGCCUGGUCGCCGCAGAGCCACCCGGACCCGUGUUCACCCACGCCUGGGUCCCCGAGGCACGGGCCAUCGAGGUGUGGGUGCCCCAGGGCCAUGCCCUGAUGGUGCGGCUGUGCUACCAGCUGGCCCUCGAGUGCGAGGAGCUGCCGCGGCCCUUCCACCAGCAGGUGCUGGUGCCGGGGGGCCGCCGCGUCUUGCUGCCGUACGAAUUCCUGGUGCCCUGCCUGUGCGUCGAGGCCUCCUACCCCCACCACGACAGCCCACGCAGCAAGCGCUGCCCCUUCCGCGAACAGCCGGUUGCCUAUGGCCCCGAGCUGUGGUCCUCGGUGCGCUUCCACGACUACAGUGCCAGCAGCAAGGACCAGAUGGCGAUGGUGCUGAGCACCAGCUGCCCCCUGCACCCCCGGGCCACCCUGUGCUGGAGGGAGGCAGUGGCUGAGGCUGCGCCUUGCCACGACAUCCCCAACUCCACUGCCAGCGAGGAGGAACAGGCAUACACGCUGGACAAGGUGGAUGUGCACCCCCAGCUCUGCUUCCGGUUCUCCUAUGGGAACAGCAGCCACGUGGAGUGUCCCCACCGGCCAGAAACGGCCUGGAAUGUCUCAGUGAGUGUUUGGGGGCUACAGCUGCGCCUGCACCUCACCUCCCGCAUCCCCGCGGCCUUCAGCGCAGCCCUCUGCCAGCGCCGGGGCGGGCAGUGUGAGCCCGAGCCCCCCCUCUACACCGUCACACAGCCAGAGGGCUCUGCCCCGGGGGAGCUGGCGCUGCUGCUGCCGGUGCGAGUCUUGGGCAGCUGCGUGCUGGUGUGGCGCUCGGAUGUGCACUUUGCUCGGAAGCAGCUGCUCUGUCCAGAUGUCUCCCGCAGGCACUUUGGGCUGCUGGGGCUGGCGCUGGGGCUGGGGCUGGUGAUGACUGUGCUGCUCUUCAACUGCCGUGGUGCCUGGAGGCCGGCUGACGGUGACCCGGGCGGGCGCCCCGUGCUGUUGCUGUACUCACCAGAUUCGGAGGAGCACCUGGGGCUGGUGUGCGCCCUGGCCGAGCGGCUGCGCGUGGGGCUGGGCUGCGACGUGCGCCUGGACCUGUGGGAAGCGGGCGACGUGGGGCGGGCGGGCGCCCUGCCCUGGCUCUACGCCCGGCGGGGCUGCGUGGGCCGCCAGCGCGGCACCGUCCUCCUCCUCUGGAGCCGGGGAAGCGCCCAGCUCUUCCGCCGGUGGCGGAUCGGGGCGGCCAGUGGGACCCCCGGGGAUGCCCACGACAUCUUCGGGGCGGCCAUGGCCUGCCUGCACGGGGAGCUGGGGGCGGCGGGCCGGGGGUGCGGCUGGGUGCUGGCCUAUUUCAGCCGGCUCUGCAGCCCUCGCGAUGUCCCCAGACCCCUCCGGCCCCUGCCCACCUACCGCCUGCCCCGCCAGCUGCCCGGCUUGCUGGGCGCCCUGCGGGGCAGCCCCCCGGCCCCCCGCCGCUGCCGCCGGGGCAGGGUGGGGGGGCUCCUACACCGGCUGCUGGAAGCGGGGGCCGGGGAGGGCAGUCCCCCACCCCAGCCCCCUGGGGCGGCCCCUGGCACCUGAGUGCCCAUGCUGGUGCUGAGCUGGGCGUUGCUGUGGGGCUGGCGGGGCUGGGCACAGCCCCCCGGUGAGGGCGGGGGUCCCCUCAUGGAGGUUCAGGGCUUGGCUGAGUGUGCCGAAUUCAGCGGCAGGAGGGGUGCCCAUGGGUGCCCCAGGCAGGGGCUGUGGGUGCCAUGGGUGCCCGAGCAGCGGUCGCUGUGGCUGUGGGAUGUGCUGUGGGGACCGGGGCGAGUGUCCAGCCGAGCCCCUGGGUCCGGGAGCGCAGGCGCUGUCUUGGGAAGGGGCAGCUUUAUUUCCACACAGGGACCUGCUUCAGAGGACAGCCGGGACCCCGGGGAAGCCCCUUGGGAUGCCGGAGCUGGGCGAAGAGCUGGGGUGAUGCUGGAAGAAGCUGGGAAGUGGUGGUGGGGGGCUCCCUGCCCUGCCUGGGGCACGGGUGCUGGGGGGGCAGGCUGCUGGGCACAGCCCAGCCCUACCUCCUCGCUCCCACACUGUCGGUGGGACCUUGUCUGGGGUGGAAGCAAUAAAGGCACUGUUCCACCCUG